AUGAGUACUUCAGGUGGAAGCGAUCUGUCUAUCCAUCUUUUGGUACAAGAUUGGGCUCGGAAUUAUCACAACAACCUAGUCAUCCCAACUUAUACAUCAUUCAUUCUGGGCCUGUCCAUCUCAUACUCUUAUUAUUCUGACCUACCGCGGCAGGCAAACUACGCCCACGAUAUCCGAAAGCUACUUCCACAUGUCCAAGAGGUUCAGCGUCACUGCGAACACUUGGAAUUAUAUGUAGCUGACUGGUUUGCGAGAACAUUUUAUGAGAGCGGACGAUACCAAAAUGCAGAAAGUCUUGAGAUGGUAGUAAGAGAGGGAUUGAUGGAUAUGUUUGGCGAGGAGCAUCCCGAAAUCCUGACGAGCAUGAACAUCCUUGCAAUGACAUACCUACACCAAGGCCGAUGGACAGAGGCUGAGAGGCUGCAGGCGACGUUGGUGGAGGCGAGGAAGCGGGUGCUCGGCGAGGAGCAUCCCAACACACUGACGAGCAUGCACAACCUUGCACUGACAUACCGAGACCAAGGCCGAUGGGCAGAGGCGGAGAGGCUGCAAGAGACGGUGAUGGAGGCGAGCAAGCGGGUGCUCGGCGAGGAGCAUCCCGACACCCUGGCAAGCAUGAAUACCCUUGCAUCGAUAUACCAACACCAAGGCCGAUGGGCAGAGGCGGAGAGGCUGCAGGAGACGGUGGUGGAGGCGAGCAAGCGAGUGCGAGGCGAGGAGCAUCCCUCCACCCUGUCGAGCAUGCACAACCUUGCAUCGACAUACGGAAACCGAGGCCGAUGGGCAGAGGCGGAAAGGUUGCAGGUGACGGUGAUGGAGGCGAGGAAGCGGGUGCUCGGCGAGGAGCAUCCCGAUACUCUGACGAGCAUGCACAACCUUGCAUCGACAUACGGAAACCAAGGCCGAUGGGCAGAGGCGGAAAGGUUGCAGGUGACGGUGCUGGAGGCGAGCAAGCGGGUGCUCGGCGAGGAGCAUCCCGAUACUCUGACGAGCAUGAACAACCUUGCGUUGACAUACCGAGACCAAGGCCGAUGGGCAGAGGCGGAGAGGCCGCAGGCGACGGUGAUGGAGGCGAGCAAGCGGGUGCUCGGCGAGGAGCAUCCCGACACCCUGGCGAGCAUGCACAACCUUGCCUCGACAUACCGAGAUCAAGGCAGAUGGGCAGAGGCGGAGAGGCUGCAGGUGGCGGUGAUGGAGGCGUGCAAGCGGGUGCUCGGCGAGGAGCAUCCCAACACACUGACGACUAUGAGCACCCUUGCAUCUACAUACCACAACCAAGGCCGAUGGGCAGAGGCGGAAAAGCUGCAGGCAACGGUGAUGGAGGCGAGCAAGCGGGUGCUCGGCGAGGAGCAUCCCUCUACCCUGACGAGCAUGAACAACCUUGCAUCGACAUACCAAGACCAAGGCCGAUUGACAGACGCGGAGAGGCUGCAAGAGACGGUGAUGGAGGCGAGCAAGCGGGUGCGAGGCGAGGAGCAUCCCGAUACUCUGACGAGCAUGAACAACCUUGCGUUGACAUACCGAGACCAAGGCCGAUGGGCAGAGGUGGAGACGCUGCAGACGACCGUGGUGGAGGCAAGGAAGCGGGUGAUCGGAGAGGAGCAUCCUUACACAUUGCGAACUAUGGAAAGCCUCGCAUCGACGUACCAGGCACUGGACCGAUUAUCGGAUGCAAGCAGGCUCGAAGCAGAGGUGGAAGAUAUCAGAAAAAGGCUUGUCGUACAACGGGAUCACGGGGUAGAGGCAGACAGCAGUACUUCUCAUGCGAGCUGA